CGCGUGUACCCAAACCCAUUGGUCAGUUUUAGACAGGCAUCAGCGAAUGACUACAGUCUCAUCAUGACUCACUUUGUUUAACUCCAUUCACUUCAAAAAAGUCUCCAUUCUUUAUUAAAAACUGCCUAAAAAUUCUUCUCCAUCUCGAGUAUUGUCUCUCUGUUUUUUUUACAGUCUCUGCCCAUAGAUGGAAGACGGAGAUUCUAACCAAGAACAUCCCCAACCACUUCCCACGAACCACGACCCCUCCUCCCCCAAGAAGCCAUCCACUUCCUCCAUCAUCGUCGUCGACAGGCUAAAACGCGAUGAAUGGAGCGAAGGAGCCGUGUCGAGUCUACUGGAAGCCUACGAGACGAAAUGGGUACUCAGGAACAGAGCCAAGCUCAAGGGCCAAGACUGGGAAGACGUCGCUAGACACGUGUCUUCACGCGCUAGCCACACCAAGUCUCCCAAGACUCAGACGCAGUGCAAGAACAAGAUCGAGUCCAUGAAGAAACGGUACCGUUCCGAGUCCGCCACUGCCGACGGAUCCUCUUGGCCUCUUUACUCUCGGCUCGAUCAUCUCCUCCGAGGAAAUGCUUCCACCUCUGUGCAGCCUCAGCCUCAGCUUCAGCCUCAAGCUGUUCUGCCUCUCAACUGUUCUGCUCCUUUGCUCUUACUCGAACCUCCUUCGCCGGUGGUGACUCAUCCACCGCAGCAACCUCCUGCUGCUCAGAUGUCUCACGGAUCCAACGGCGUCGGCACCAUUAAGGAAGAGGGAUUCAAGGACGAUCACAAACCUGAGAGAGCGAUGGAGAUGGACACAGAUAGCAGCACGCCGGUUCUUUGUAGAGAGAAAGCGAAGGUGAGGCCAAAGAAAGCAAGGAGAAGAUACAAGGAAGAGAAGGAGGAGAUAGCUGGAAGCAUACGGUGGCUAGCUGAGGUGGUGAUGAGAACGGAGAGAGCGAGGAUGGAGACGAUGAAAGAGAUAGAGAGGAUGAGAGCUGAGGCAGAGGUGAAGAGAGGAGAGAUGGAUUUGAAACGAACGGAGAUAAUGGCCAACACUCAGAUAGAGAUUGCUAGACUCUUUGCCGCUUCUGUGCACAAAAGUGGUGUUGAUUCUUCGCUUAGGAUCGGAAGAAACUAAGAAAUUUUUAUUAUUCUUCAAUGGGGAUGAAUGAAUGGUUACGCCUACAAAUGUAUGGUUAAAUAAUAAUAAUAAUAAAUAUGAUCAAUCUAGCUUA